AUGCUGCUCAUUUCGCCGGAAGAACAAGAAGACGAAAGCGAGAAUGAUGGCAGUAUCGCGUCUUGUGAAGGCAGUGAAGGUGAUAAUACUAAGGACAUUGAUAAAGUAGAAGAAGACGAAUUAGAGGAAGACAAAUUAGAGAACACAAAAAUGUACCGGGAGUGGGCAGAUGCUAUCAUAAACCAACGCCAAGAGGAUAUCAUGAAGCUUCGCGAUUUGUACAUUUUCGCUGAUUUCACAGAUGUACCGGAUCUGCGCGAGGCUAUCGUUCAAAAAUUGGAGAGGCGUUCUUGGACUGCCACCCUAGGGUUCGAGGUCCCGUUACUCCUCGAAAUACGCCAUGAUCGUCUCCAUUCUGACUCACCUUUCGUCAAGGCUCUUCUGGCAUACAUGACAUGGAGAUAUGGCUAG